AUGUGCACUGUCCUCAUUGUGGAGGCAAAUGGACAAAGAUACAAGACACAACCUUUGUACCUCCAGAACAGCGUGCACAGUCGAAUGUUGCGACUCGUGGCCGCCCUGCACAUGGACGCCGUGUACAGCAAUCCAACUGGAAUUGGGACAAUGCAGACCCACGUUCUGCUUCCCGCAGUGCCUCAUCUCGCUCGUCAAGAUCGGCCAAUGUUCCACGCCAAGGACGAGGACGACGCAGAAACAAUCGUCGACGAGGCAGACGAGGAUCCAGCUACAGAAGCUGCGACAUCUUCCACUAUGGCUGCCCAGGCAGAGAUGGUCAAGGAACUCCGCGAAGCAUACCCAGACGAGGCCACCAAAGCCCUGGGGAAAUCAAGAGACAACUUGAAAAAGUUUCAAGAUGCCCAAGCCAAACAUCGUUCACGAUGGCUUACUCAUUUGAAGGCGCUCAUGGAGACACUCUCGAAGCAGGUGGAGGCCUUCGAGAAACAGCAAAAGGACUAUGCGAACAAAAUUCGCGACAUGCAGCGCAACAUCCAAACAACCCGCAGAGAUCUACAGAAGCUCAAUGCGCAGGCUGCAGCCGACCACACGUCGGAAGCUCCGCCCUCGAUUGCCGAGGACGAGGCCAAUGCAGACCAGGUUGUGGACGUCGAGGAGGAUUCUCUUCGUGCCCAAGUUCAAGACCUUUUGAGCAAGUGCUUGAAACAUUCCAGCCCUGCCGAAACAGUGGAGAUCGGCAGCGAUGGCGAGGAAAUGGAUACCAGUACAGAGCGCUCAAGCAAACGACAGCGCUCUGUCGAGCACUAUGGUGCUGUUGGCAAGUGA